UACUACGAUGCUUCCUUCCUCCAAAAAGGACUUUCAAUCCAACUUCUCAGAAUAUUUCUUCUCUGCACACAGUCUCUUCCAAUCUUCACUUCAACUUCGUCAAUGGAGUGCAGGAGCAUCCAAAGCAUGGCAUCAAGCAGCACAAGACCCAAAUAUGACGUGUUUGUGAGCUUCAGAGGUGAGGACGUACGCAACACCUUCGCUGAUCAUCUAUUUGCAGCUUUCCGUAGAAACGGAAUAGUUGCAUUCAGGGACGAUAGGAAUCUGUUGCAAGGACAGCACAUCUCCACUGAGCUGGUGCAAGCAAUUGAAGGAUCUCAGGUUCUCAUUGUCAUCUUCUCUAAAAACUAUGCUACCUCUUCAUGGUGCUUGCAGGAACUCGCUAAGAUGCUUGAUUGCAGCAAUACGAUAACAGAACCAAAUCUGUUGCCUAUUUUCUACGAUGUGACUCCGUCUGAGGUGCGUAAACAGACCGGAAACUAUGGGAAAGCCUUGGCUGAGCAUGAAGAAAGAUUCAAAGAUAACUCAAACAUGGUGCAACAGUGGAGGGAAUCUCUGCUGCAAGUGGCCAAUCUCUCUGGUUGGGAUAUACAAAAUAAGCAGGAGAAUGGAGAGAUUGAAAAAAUUGUUAAAAGGGUAAGAAGCAAACUAGGUUGCAAUUUGUCAAGUGUGGAUGGGUUGGUUGGGAUGCAAUCUCGUGUGGAACAAUUGGAAAACCUGAUUGAUUUCAACUCCGAUAAUGAAGUUCGGGUUGUAGGCGUUUGUGGCAUGGGUGGGAUAGGAAAGUCAACACUUGCUAGGGUGGUGUAUGGUAGAAACCUUCAUAAAUUUGGUGCUCAUUGUUUUGUUGACGAUAUAAGCAAAGUUUUUCGUGGAGUUGGUCUACUUUCUCUACAAAAGCAACUUGUUUGUCAAAUUACAAAUGGAGAGAUCCAAGAUAUAUACAAUCAUUACGAGGCUAAUAGUUUGAUAAAAACUAUGCUACGCUGUCAAAAGGCUCUGAUUGUUCUAGAUAAUGCUGAUGAUGUUGAACAGUUAGAGAACCUUGGCGUGACUCGUGAUUGUCUAUAUCCAGGAAGCAGAAUUGUAGUAACUUCUAGAGAUCAACAUGUCUUGAACUCUUUUGGGCUAGAUCAAACAUACAAAGUUCAACUCUUGAAUGAGGAUGAAGCUCAUCAAUUGUUCUGUGAAAAAGCUUUUAAUGAUAAUAUAAUUAUAAGUUGUGACGAGAUUAGCAGAGAGUACAAAAAGUUGACGGAUCUUGCACUUGAAUAUGCUCAAGGCCUUCCCUUGGCGAUCAAAGUUUUGGGGUCAUAUCUACGCGGUCGAGAUAUCUCUGUAUGGAGAAGUGCCUUAGAUAGACUGAAAAAUAAUCCAAAGAAGGAAAUCGCAGAUGUGCUUCAACUUAGUUUUGAUGGAUUGGAACCCAUGGAAAAGGAAAUAUUUUUGGACAUUGCUUGUUUCUUUAACCACGAAUAUAAAUUGUCUGUGGAAGACAUGUUGUACUGUCGUGGUCUUCAUCCAAAGAUUGGAAUAAGUGUACUCAUCGAUAAAUCAUUAAUAACAAUUGAUGGAGACUAUAUUAGAAUGCAUGACCUGUUGCAAGAGUUAGGCAUGAGAAUAGUUCGGCAAAGUGCUCCAAAUGAGCCAUGGAAGUGGAGUAGGAUAUGGUGCAAAGAGGAUUUUCAACGUAUUAUGUUUGGAAAUACGGUAAUUGAUGAUGUUAAGGCCGUUCAAUUGAGGGGAUUAUAUGAUGAAGAAAGAAAUAUGACAUUAAGAGCUGAAACAUUAUCAAGAAUGAAACGACUUGAAUUUCUCGAAAUAAAAAGUGUUAGUUUUUCUGGAAGUUUUAAUAGCAUUUCUAGCGAAUUGCGAUAUCUCGAGUGGGAAGAAUAUCCGUUUACGUAUUUUCCAUCAUGUUGUAAGCUAUCCAAGCUUGUGAAAUUAGUCUUGCAAAAGAGCAACAUCAAGCAACUAUGGGAUGGCACAAUGUGUCCGGACAAUUUGAAGGAAUUGGAUCUCUCUGACUCCAAAAAUCUUGUGAAGACUCCAAACCUUAGCCAGGCUCCAAAUCUUGAGGUGCUGAUCCUUAGAGAAUGUAGAAAGCUUAAGCACAUACAUCCAUCAACUGGAGACCUAAGAAAACUUGUUGAGUUAGAUUUGAGUGAGUGCACAAGUUUAAUGAGCUUCCCCAUCACUGUAUUCGGUAUAUCUUCACUAAAAUAUGUUAAUCUGAGCGGGUGCUCAAGAUUAUUUAGUGGGAAAGAGCUGGAAAAUGGAAGUGAGAGUGGUAUCCAAUGCCAAUCGACAGUAUGGUCCACUUUUAAAAGGCUUAAGCUUAGGUUACCAUUCCAUUUCUUCAAUUCUUCUAAAAGUAGAUACAACCAUGUGUUCCGUCUGUGGAGGCUUUCUGUGGCUCGCUUAAGCUGCGUGUAUUCUCUUGACCUAAGUUAUUGUAAUCUGCAUACUAUCCCUGAGGCCAUAUCAUCCUUACAUUAUUUAGAGAUCUUAGAUUUCAGGGGAAACAAUAUAGUUAGAGUACCUGAUUUCAUAAACAAGCUUCCCAGACUGAUAGUGUUGAAGUUAGAUAACUGCAAACGGCUAAUGUAUGUAGAUGAGUUCCCGUUGCCAUUCCCCUAUCCAGCGGUAGAGCGAACAAAACUUGUGAAAUGGGGAGAAUUGAGGAUGUGGAACUGCCCGAAAAUAGUAGAGAAGGAAAGGCUGAGUGGAAUGGGUAGUUCAUGGAUGAGAGAGUACAUUAAGGUGCGUGCGUGUUGUUGUUGCCAUUAUUGCUGCUCUUGUUUACGGGCUGUGCAUCUAAUCAUUAGGGUUGUUUGUGUUUUGUGGUUACAGGUACACAAUGAAUCCCUUGGUAGACUUGCUAUUGUAAUUCCAGGGAGUGGAGCUCCAAUUCCAAGGUGGUUUAAGCAUCAGAAUAAGGGGGCAGAUAAUUCAAUGUGGAUAGAAUCAUUUCCGAAUGCCAAUGACAAUGAUUGGAUUGGCAUUGCCCUUUGUGCCGAGAUUCUUGUUCAGUUUGCACCACCCGUUGCCAUUGAGCUCUACUUUUACGACCAAACAGAAAAAGUCAAUCUCAAGCACCUUGUUUGUCUUGAAAAGGAGGAGGAGGUGAGGGGUGAAUUGGUUCACCUCUGCCUAUUCUAUUUUUCUCGCCAACUACUCAUUCGGGAUGGAAAGCAGCAUGAUCUUGAUGGAUCCCGCUUUGAAUUCAAAGAAUUUAACCACCGCUAUGUGGAAGUGAAGAAGUGGGGAAUGCGUGUGGUACUGAACCAGGAUUUGGAGUAACCCAACUCUGGUAGAUAUUGAUUUAGUUUGAUUAUUGCCCAAUUCACAGAGAAGAGGAUUGAGAUAUGUUGAGAGUGAUUCAUAAUUAAUAUGAGUAACUGGAACUCAUCAGAGAAGAAUUUGUUGGUGUUCAUGCUACCAUGUUGCUGAAAUGCAAUUGCCUUUCUUGGAAAAAUUUGAUGCAAAUGGUGAUAUCCAUGUUUCAAAAUAAAGUAGUGGUCUUUAUUCAUGUGUAGAGACAUUUUUAGUGGUUAUUGGCUUUACUUCUAUAUUUGCCUCCACUUGAUGUUAUCAGUAAGUUGAGACUCUUGUUUGACUUCUAUUUAAAAAAAAAAGAAAAGAAAAAGGAGACUGAGAAAUGUGAAUGUGAUAUGUAAACUCUGCGAGGCAGUAGAGUAUUAUAUACGUUGUUGCAAUUAUCAAUUAUCCAUGGAAAAGAACCAACUUAUUUUGUA